ACAAUAUCAAUCACAAUCGACGAAGGGUAUAACCAAUAUUUUCUGGCUAUCCAACCCCAGUCUUUGCUUGGAUAUCAGCCAUGAUAUUACCACGGUGCCUAGUACUCUACAUAUUUGUGGGAUUUCUUAAUGGCACCUUGGCGGCCAGGAAAGAGCAGUUCAUAGUGGGUGGCCAUAAUGCCGCCGAGGGUGAUGCUCCGUACCAAAUCUCCCUGCAGACCGUGCCGGGCGACAGUCAUCUAUGUGGUGGUGCCAUCGUCUCGGAGCGCUGGAUACUCACCGCCGGACAAUGCGUGAAGGGUUAUCCGGCGGACAGGCUCCAAGUGGCCACUGGGAGCAUUCGCUAUACGCUGCCAGGAGCUAUAUACUAUCCGGAGUCCAUUUACCUGCACUGCAACUACGACAGUCCCAAGUACCACAACGACAUUGCUCUGCUGCGGCUGAACGAGAGCAUUGUCUACGAUGCUCUAACCCAGCCUGUGGCUCUGCCCACUGCAGCCUUUCCCCAGGGCACAGCGGAGCUCCUCUUCACUGGCUGGGGGUCACAGUCGGUGGCUGGUAGUCUUCCCGUUCAGCUGCAGCGUGUCCAGCAGCAGCACAUCACCAGCCAGGUCUGCUCGACCCUGCUCGCCGCCUACGAGGAUGUGGAGCUGGGCGCCUGCCAUGUGUGUGGUUUUCGUCAGGCGAACAUUGGCGCCUGUCACGGCGACUCGGGCGGACCUCUGGUCUACGAAGGAACCUUGGUGGGGAUUCUCAACUUCUUUGUGCCGUGCGCCCAAGGGGUGCCCGAUCUUUUCAUGAAUGUAAUGUACUACAGAGACUGGAUCCGGCAGACCAUGAGUGGAAAUGGAAAGUGUUCCCAGGUCCAUAAGCAGCAAAUUGGCUAAAUACAUGAAUGAAUAUGUAUUUGAAAACCAUUCGAUGUGAAUUUUUCCUGGAUGUAAUGGACAAAGUUGGCUCAUGGCCAGACGCCAAGGGAGACAGGCAGACAGGCAGGCAUUCAGACGGACUGCGACUGAGUCAUCCUCCCGCUACUGAUUUAUGUCCGAGUCGGAGGAAAUGUCUACUGGCUGCACGUGUGAGGCUGCGGCUACUCUAAUUAUAAUCAGGUAGAGAGGUAGAGCCCAGACAGUCAUGCUCUUGUAGGAAAACGCUCGGUGGACGCUGUCAAAAGAUGCUGAUAGAAAUCGCUCACGGGAUCUCGCGUAGCGAGUGGCGGGGCGCAUGGAAAUUCUGAAAAUAUUUCUUUCCGCGCUCACCAUUCAGCAACAACAGAGAAGGGGAAAAACACUCACUCAUUCAGUUGUGUAUCAGUUGUAUCUUGGCAUUUUCGAAAAGAUUUUCAGUUGCUGCAUUGACUUGGACGUGUGCGGGUCUCAAGUUCUAUUCUCCUUGGAAUACGCGGCGUAUACGCAGUGUCCAUAUAGUGUACUACUCAUAUGUAGGCGCGUGUGUCGUACUUUUUAUAUAUAUAUAUCGUACAUUUUCUAUAUGUAGAUAUAUUCUGAAAUUGAGCAACAGAAAUUUCGCAAUUUCUACCAAGUCAAUGGAAAAUUGGUGGAAAAACAAGUGAAAAUGUUAAAAACGGUAAACCGUAUAUAUGUAUAAUUCAUAAUUAUAUAUAAUUCAUCGAUGCUCUACGGCCCUGGUAUCUAUCGUUCUUACGUUAAAAGAAAGAGCGCUGCCAGCUCGUGAAUUUUCACCUAAAAGCAAAACUAAAACAAAAUACGAAAGAUACGAAGUGGAGAGCAAAGAGGAGAGCAGAAGCAGCAGCAGCAACAACAACAAAACCGGCUACACAAUGUACAACGGAGAGAUAGAGAGACGCGAAAAUGCCGGUGCGCGAGAAACUCCGUCGGCGAUCGUCGCUUCAAAAGCAUUUUCGACGCGCAACAGUAACGACGCUGACGACGGUCCCGUCCCAGUCCCAAUAUCCGUUCACGCGAAUUAUACAAACGGUGGUCAGACGGCGGCUACACAGGCGACCAUAUUCCUCAGCCACAGCAACAACAGCCAUCAUCUCAACAAUAGAAAAAACCCGCCAAAUUUCCAGACAAACGCGUGUGUCAACGGCAACGGCAGCAACAACCAUACAGAGCAGAACGCAUCGCAAUUUGUGCCAAAUUUUAGCAAUUUAAAUUUUUACGCCCAACAGCCAACGUCAGCACAGAGCAACAACAACAACUACGACGUUUGCCAUCAACAGGUGUGUGUAUCGUGUGUCCCCCUCUUCACUGCCUGUAAAGUGUUGCGUGUGUGUGUGUGUCCUAUGUCCUGCGUGUGAUCUUCUUCCCCAGUUUCCCAACAGUGAAUCAAAUAAAUUAUGUUUUAAAAAUGAUAUUAAAUUCCACCGAAAUGUGAAAUCCUUUAGUUUGGUACAGAAGUGAAUUUUUGAACUGGGGUUUUUAAUUAUUUAAUUAAUAAACAAAAAGAGACUAAGAAUCAUUGCGUGGCUGAACUUUCUCGCUGUGUGUGUUCUCUUCCCCACCCCCACAGUAACCCUGACUGGUUGGGGAGCACCGGAGAACAGUUUGCCGACAGUGGAGCGCCUGCAGACCCUCAACCUGACGAUCAUCCAUCACGAGGAGUGCCGCAAGGCCUGGGACUAUCACGAGGGCAUCGACAUCGGACACAUCUGCACCCUAACAAGCGCAGGAGAGGGGGCCUGCUCCGGCGACUCCGGCAGUCCAAUCAUGUGGGAGGGCAAUCUGGUGGGUCUGGUAAACUGGGGACGACCCUGCGGUGUUGGUCUGCCCGACAUAACGGUAAACCGUAUAUAUGUAUAAUUCAUAAUUAUAUAUAAUUCAUCGAUGCUCUACGGCCCUGGUAUCUAUCGUUCUUACGUUAAAAGAAAGAGCGCUGCCAGCUCGUGAAUUUUCACCUAAAAGCAAAACUAAAACAAAAUACGAAAGAUACGAAGUGGAGAGCAAAGAGGAGAGCAGAAGCAGCAGCAGCAACAACAACAAAACCGGCUACACAAUGUACAACGGAGAGAUAGAGAGACGCGAAAAUGCCGGUGCGCGAGAAACUCCGUCGGCGAUCGUCGCGUCAAAAGCAUUUUCGACGCGCAACAGUAACGACGCUGACGACGGUACCGUCCCAGUCCCAAUAUCCGUUCACGCGAAUUAUACAAACGGUGGUCAGACGGCGGCUACACAGGCGACCAUAUUCCUCAGCCACAGCAACAAUAGCCAUCAUCUCAACAAUAGGAAAAACCCGCCAAAUUUCCAGACAAACGCGUGUGUCAACGGCAACGGCAGCAACAACCAUACAGAGCAGAACGCAUCGCAAUUUGUGCCAAAUUUUAGCAAUUUAAAUUUUUACGCCCAACAGCCAACGUCAGCACAGAGCAACAACAACAACUACGACGUUUGCCAUCAACAGGUGUGUGUAUCGUGUGUCCCCCUCUUCACUGCCUGUAAAGUGUUGCGUGUGUGUGUGUGUCCCUAUGUCCUGCGUGUGAUCUUCUUCCCCAGUUUCCCAACAGUGAAUCAAAUAAAUUAUGUUUUAAAAA